AUGAGUAGUGAAGGCCAGAACCAAACUUCCACAGGGAGCAAAGCGGGCCCCAUCCAGGGCGGUGCCAACACCGCAGAAUCCAACUUCGGCGGUCCUAAGCUCGAUAAUUUGUACAUGCAAAAGCGAUCAGACGACCCCGAAUCGGUAGCCAAGCGUGAGAGCCUUGCAGAGCAACGACCUGGACAAGGCUUGAUCGGCAAGAUGAUGCAAAAUUACGUCUCUGGGCCGGCAGGUCCUAACACUGGGGGCAAGGGCACUUAG